CAAGUCUGACAUUUUUAAAUCAAUACAAAAAUAUGAAACUCAUUUAAAGUAACACCACAUUAUAAUUUUCAAACAAAAUGGGAUCUGAACAAUCUAGUCAAGCGAAUCAAUCAAAUUUAGCACAACGUCAAACAAGUUUAACCCAGGGUAAUGUACGACAAGCGAAUUUACGACGACAACAUACAAUAGCAAAUCCAGGCGCUGGUGAUAUAAUAUCAGAUAGCAGUGAUACAGGUCGACCUGGUUCAACAUCACCUGGUCCUAGUAUAUGUAGUGAUUCCGAUUUACCGUAUAUUCCAUAUACGGUAAAUCGUCCUAUUGGUGCUGAUUCCCCAAAAUUACCUAAUAAACAACUCACAAAAGGCAAACAACGGAAAAUUACCAAACAAGCUAGUUUAAAGACAAUUAAACCGAAUGUACAUAAUAUUGUGGUCGUUAAACCAGCUGUUGCAGGUCCAACAGUUGAUAAGGAUCCAGAUGUAUUACGUUUACAGAAUAUUCCAAUGUUCCUACCAAUUAUGCGAGGUACCUUAAAUCUACCAGCAGUACGAGAUCCUGAAGUAUUAGAACGCUUAGAUCCAGCACCGUUUAAUAAUUUGUGUCUACGAUAUCAAAAUCAUUUGUACACUUGUGCAAAUCUUGUGGCAACGGAGCAAAAUUCGAUUACACAAAAAAUAAGAGAGGUUGAUUCCGAUAUUACUAGAAUUUUAACAAUUGCAAGUGAACGUCAAAAACGAUACGCAAAAUAUGCUGGAAAGCUACAAAAAAUCCAAGAAUUAUCUCAUUACCUGAACAAAUGUCAUAUGUUACUAAAUCAAACACUAGAAUCGAUUGAAACAUUAAAUAAUAUGUUGGAUAUUGAAGAUCGUCUGGAACCAUUCGUAUGGACUACUGGAUAACUGUUUCCGAAAAUACAAUAAUUUUAAAACGCUUAAAGCACCAAUGCAAACUGGUAAACUAUUUUUGUGAUUGAAUAACUUCUAAAACUUUUGAAAACAAUUAUGUUACGGGUAGUUUCAAUUAUUUUUAGCUGUUAUUCGAAGUUUAAUUUAAAUCUUUCUUGCUAAAUUGUGUAUGUAGCUUGAAGACGUGGAAAAUAUGUUUUUAAUUUUUGUUAACACUGUUUCAUAACCCUGAAGUCGUAAAUUCGAGAAAACGGAUAGGUAAAGAAUGAAAUUCUAAGACGAAAAAUUUUCUAGAAGUUACCAAUCUACUAAGAAGGAUAAUUUCAAAAUUGUAUUUUUCAAAUUUUGCCACAUCUUUAAGUUACAUUCCGUAAAUUUUUUAAUUAAUAUGAAUUUAUAGAUAGGACUGAUCAAAUUUCACUUAAUAUAAAGUUCAAAUAAUCGACAUUAAAUUUUAAAAUUUAAUUCAUUUAACGCUUAUAAAUUUUAUUACUUGUCACAAUGGGAAACGUAUUAAUAAAAUAUGUAUCGAUUUGUAUAUCUCAAGGCUCAACUCCAUUAACACCUCAAACAACGACAAGUUUUUAAAUCAGGGGCGGAUUUAUACGUAGGCAAAGUAUGUGCAUUUUUUUUCAAUUUUAGUCAAUUUUGCGUGAAACAAUAAUUUGAAAAAGUCACCACUUCACUUAAACUGUAUCUAGUCACUAUGGUCGCGAAUGUCACUAUCCUGGAAGUUUUAGAACGUUUCUCAGAAAUUUUUUGUUUUGUAAACCUUACUUAUGAUUAAAAAGUUAUUUCAUUUAUUAUAUUAAAUAUUUCUCAAUUUCCAAAUAAAUAAAACAGAUUUUUGUUUAUAAAAAAAGGCGGCACUUUGAUGCCUGCCUAUGGGCGGCAAAUUCGUAAAUCCGCUCCUGAUUUAACUCAUUUAACAAACGAAGUCGUACUUGCAACCAAAUGUCACUUUGAUUAGUUUGCUGUAACCCAAUACACGAGUUUGGUGUCAUUUGACGCGUUAAUGGAGUUGAGCAAGUUAAUUUCUAUAUAAUUUAAAUUAAGCUUUCCAGGUUUCAAUCACCAAAUACUAUUGUUAUCGGAAUUGUAAAUCGAUGCAUAUUUUAUGUAAAGUGUAAAUAAUAGGUACAGAUGUAAUU